AAACAAUUCCAACCUUUGUGUGGGUAUUCGUAGCCAUCUAUGUUAUUUAUUGGGUUAAGAAGCCAAAAUUGAGUAAAAAUGAACCUCCAAUGGUUCCUUAUAAAAUUCCAAUAAUCGGCCAUACAUUAGAUUAUUUAUUUAAUGCCGAAAAUUUUUUUGCUGAAUGUAGUAAAAAAUAUGGUGAUACUUUCAAUGUAUAUGUAUUUGGUCAGGUGACUACUAUAGCCGGAAACGAAAUUGCUCACGAACUUUUUAAUACCGAAGAUUUUAGUAUGGCCAGCGCUACACGAGAUUUACUUCCUUUGUAUCGUGUUUUAAAAAGUAUUCUUGAUCCUGGAACGAUGGAACAAGUAAACAAAACGGCACGAGAAGUAAUUGCUGCAAAAUUACCUUUAUACACUGGAAGAAUGCAAAAACAACUUAUGAUUUCUAUUAAUAAAGAAAUUGGAGAUUGUCCUAAUCCUAAAGUUGUUAUUACAGCGAAUCAAAAUUUAUCAUGCAUAAUUGCCCGCCCAGUCGCUGAUAUUUUAGUUGGACAAGAACUAUCAAAAAACGAAGACGUGGUCAAAGCUUUUGCUAAUUUCACCAAAGAUUUUGCACAAGUUCGGAAAAUACCUCCUAUUGCUUCAUUCAUUCAUCCAAAACUCCAUGCUCAAGUUGUCACUUUACCAUUUAGAUUUGGGUGGAAUCCAAUUAGGAAACACUUGAUUACUUUAAAGAAGCAUUUGAAGCCUGAAUUAGAGAAAAGAUUUAAAGAUAAAGAAAUUCUCGGUGAUAAAUAUGAACCACCUCUGGAUGUAAUUGAAAAUUUUUUGAAUAUUCCUGAAUACAAAACAAAAGUUAUCACUGAGGAUUACUUGAAUAAAAUCUGUGAAUUUUUAUUUAUUCUUGUCGUUGGCUCUAUUCAUACCACUUCUAUUCAUCUUACUUUUGCUCUUUAUGAUUUUGCGGGAAGACCAGAAUUAUCGGAUGAUAUUUAUGAAGAACAAGUAAGAAUUGAUAAAGAAUGUAAUGGAGAAUUAUCAUCUCAACAUAUUGACAAAAUGGUGAAAUUAGAUAGUUUUCUGAGGGAAUCUUUUAGGACUUAUGAUUCUGUGGUUGCCAUUUCUCACAGAUGUAUGGAAUCAUAUACAUUUAAAAAUGGAAUGACAGUUCCAAAAGGUCGCAUAGUUUCAAUUCAUUUAAGCGAUAUUCAUUACAAUACCAAAGCAUAUGGACCAGAACCAAGGUCCUUCCUUCCUUAUCGUGGUUUGGAAAAUAACCUUUCUGCAUCAAAAACUGAUAAAAACUAUUUGAUAUUUGGUUCAGGAAGACAUGCUUGCCCUGGAAGAUUUUUUGCUGUAAAAGAAAUUAAAGCUCUCAUGCAUAAAUUAAUUUUAAAUUAUCACAUUAAGACACCAAGUGGAAAGAUUGAAAAAAAGACACGUGUUGGACCUAUUUCUUAUCCACCAGUUACUGGAUUAAUUUUUGAGAAUAGAAAAAAAUAG